AGGCUAAUUGAUUUGUAUGUCAUUACCAUUGGACAUUUAAAACAAAUAUGCCUCGUCAAAUUUCAGGGCAAUAUUCUUUAUUUUUUAUUUGAACGUUAUCUAAAGGUUACUCAUAUGCAAUAGAAAUAGUUCGUAAUGUAGGCUAUAUAAAAUAUAUUUUCGAGUUUAAAUGUGACCUCUAAGACCAAGUGAAAUUACAUAAGCUAUAUACAAAAACGUGGUAUAUCAAACACUAGGUGAUUAAACAGUGUAUGUUUUAUAAAUAAGCUUAAUUACAUGAAAUAUUUAAAUUUAGAUUACCUUGAGAACAAAAGAAGCAUUCAGGUCAACAUCAAGUAUUCAUUAAAUCGAGCAAUAUGCAUGAAAAAAAUGGACUAAUAAGAUGACUAAGAUGAAAACAACUUCCUAGAUCUUUUCAGACGGAAUCUCAUCUUCAAUACGAUUCAUGCAUUUACAUUUUGCAUCUUUGAUGUCACCCUUUGCAACGUAAUGCAGACCAAUGAUUAAGCUCGUAGUAUGUUUUUUUCCCGUUCACAUUGGCAUUUGUUGUUGUUGUUUUUCAUUUGUUUUUUUAUUCAAAUUAUUAUUUAUUAUGAUCGUUUAUUAACUCGUUUAUUAAAUUGUGCCUCAAAUUUUUAUAUAGUAAUAUUUGUCAGCUAUUUUUCUACUGUUGAUUUACACUAUUUAGUACUGGUAACACUAAUAGAAAAAAAGAGAGCAAUGCACAUUUUGAUUUUUAAGUGGUAAUCAAAUGUAGUAGUUCAAAUCUAAUUAUUAACAAUCAUGUAUUAUAUUAUAUUAUAUUAUAACCCACCAUCACCAUUCCCACCUUUAAUUUUAAUAAAUACAAUUCAAAGAAGCAAACGUGCAAACAAAAAAUAUAGCCUAAAUAGCCUACAUAAAACAUAUUUUAAAAUCAUAAGAGGCCUUUACAAUUUUGUGCAAUAUUUGUGGUUCCAUUGGAAGUGCAUUGGGAACAGUUUCAACCCUCAUGAUAUUUCAAAUUUUUUAAACAUUAAUAUGAAAAGCUUGACUGAACAUUAUAUGUAAAAUUGAACAAAAGCACCUGCUGAUUCGGAUGAAGCCAGUUCUGUUAUUCAACAUUAAUUAAUAUGUUCCCAAAUCACUUCAGAUGUGUCCCGUAAAUCCUAUAUUUUACACAGAUAAUGCAUGAUAGUGAUUUCACUCCUGAAGCUCAUUUCUAAUUGGUUCAUCUGACGGUGUUACGACACUGUUUUCGUUUCCAACAGCCCCAAAAUGAAUCGGAGAACAGCACUGGUGUCUCCUACCUCCACAUUUUGCGCUCUCUGUCCAUUUGUUGGAAGCAAUGUAUAAAAUCCCCCUUUACUUUCCUCAGGAGUGUCAGUCAAUGCAUGUGCGCGCGCGUGUGUGAGUGAGAUGUCAAUCAAAGCGGCGGCUUCUCUUUCAUCUCUAUAGUCAGUCAGAGAUCAGGGGGAGGAGUACAGCACUACACUCUCUCCAGCCCAACAUUACUCUCAGUCUCUGCUGAGCGCAUUUCUGAAGAGGGACACCUUUUUACCCAAGAAACCAAACGGGAAUGACACACAGCAUCUGAACUCCAGCACUUUUUUUUUUUUUUCUCUUGUUUUCUUGAGUCGGAUUUUUUGAACAGUCAGAACUGUCCUGCGUUCGACUUACACUUCUAACUUUUGCUUUUAAGAACACCACAGGAGUCGUACUUUAACUUUUAAAACACCCAGCGUCGCUAUAUUGCGUUUCCCCUCUGGAUUCCCGAGUGCUGCCGUAGACCAAACACUCGCACGCGCGUUUGGAGUGCGCCAGCUGAAAUUAUACGGGGGUUUUCUGUCUAACGCCUUCGCUUUCCAGGCGUUUGUAGGGUGAGGAGGACUUUCAAUCACCCGAGAAAUGCCGCAGUUGUCAGGUGGAGGAGGCGGCGGGGACCCGGAGCUCUGCGCCACCGAUGAAAUGAUCCCGUUCAAAGACGAGGGAGACCCGCAGAAGGAGCAGAUCUUCGCGGAGAUCAGCCACUCCGAGGAGGAGGGAGACUUAGCGGAGAUCAAGUCAUCUCUGGUCAACGAGACAGAAAUCAGUCCCAACAGUAACAAUCACGACGCAGCUAGACAGUCCCAAAUAACACCAGACUCUUAUCAUGAGAAGCACAGGGACCAUCCGGAUGAUGGCAAGCUUCAAGACAUGUACAGCAAAGGCCACCCGUACCCCAGUUACCCAGGAUACAUCAUGAUGACCAAUAUGAACAAUGAACCCUACAUGAACAACGGCUCUCUCUCGCCUCCCAUUCCCAGAACGUCAAAUAAGGUGCCAGUGGUCCAGCCGUCCCAUGCCGUUCACCCCCUCACCCCUCUGAUCACAUACAGCGACGAGCACUUCGCCCCCGGCCCACACUCGGGACACCACCCACAGGACAUCAAUGCCAAGCAAGGUAUGCCCAGGCAUCAUCCUGGACCGGACAUUCCCAAUUUCUACCCUCUUUCCCCUGGGGGAGUUGGACAGAUGACCCCUCCGCUGGGAUGGUUCUCUCAUCACAUGGUACCAGGCCCUCCUGGACCCCAUGCCACAGGAAUCCCCCAUCCCGCCAUUGUCAACCCACAGGUGAAACACGAACCACAGCACGACACAGACCUGAUGCACAUGAAAUCUCAGCACGAGCAGAGAAAGGAGCAGGAGCCCAAAAGACCUCACAUCAAGAAACCUCUAAACGCUUUCAUGCUGUAUAUGAAAGAGAUGCGCGCCAAUGUGGUGGCCGAAUGCACGCUGAAGGAGAGCGCCGCAAUCAAUCAGAUCCUCGGGCGAAGGUGGCAUGCUUUAUCUCGGGAAGAGCAAGCUAAGUAUUACGAAUUAGCCCGCAAGGAACGGCAGCUCCAUAUGCAGCUUUACCCAGGAUGGUCUGCCAGAGACAAUUAUGGGAAAAAAAAGAAGCGGAAGAGGGAAAAGAUCCAGGAACCCGCUUCAGGUACAGGCCAGAGAAUGAAAACGGCGUACAUCUGAACAAUGGAGGAAAACGGACUUCUUUUUCCUCUUGCAAGGCAAAGACAGCAGCUACAGGCCCCCUUUUAGAGAUGGAAGCCUGCUAGAUUCCUCAACCUUUCACCCCUCUGUCACUUCUUGACCCCUGCGGAAUCUCCAGAGGGUCCCGGUCCUUGAAUCUGCUCCUCGGCUGCAGGCGCUGCUGUAGAGAUGUUGAACUGAGAACAGACAAUCACCAACACAGGCCCUCACGCAGACCCGUGAAUACUCGUUUGAACGUUCCUUUUUGUUUUCUGUCCUUAAUUCACUCCCGAAGCCGAAGGCGUUGCACUGAUUAUGUUCCUCAACCGUUUGUAAAGCGCACAUAUGGCCACAUGUAAACAAACCCACACACGUUCCUACACCUGUUCCUAAGUUAUUCUAAGUUAUUUGGCACCUCUGUCUUCUGUGUGUUCACUACGUCACUCCCUCAUUUUCUUUCGUGCCCUAUAAAAUGUAGCAACACAGGGGCCUGACACACCUCACGGCGUUCUAUGGCAACAUUUUAGGGAUCACGCAUUGCCCUGGAAAUCUCCAUAGGUUGCGUUUUGCAUUAUGACACAUUGGUGCAAAAAGGAUCAAUGUUUUAAAUUCUCCUCAACAUCUUGGGUUCAAGUUUAUUUUGAAUGCUUUUUUUUUAUUAUUAUUAUUUUUUUAUUAUUAUUAUUAUUCUUUAUUUUCAUUUCUCGGUGUAUAUUUUAAGUGAUUUU